GAAGGACCAAUGGCUCACUCAGGAGGGAUCAUCGCUGCUGGGCUCGGCAAGGGAAGGAUUCCUUGGUUUAAAGGGGACAUCAGUCUGUAUAGUUUAUUCCGUACUGACCACAACAUAAGGGAUCUGGUGGCAGCUGGGGCAGCAUCUGGUGUGUCUGCAGCCUUUGGUGCUCCCGUAGGAGGAACUCUCUUUAGCGUCGAGGAAGCUGCCAGUUUCUGGAAUACAGAACUUGUAUGGAAAGUGUUCUUUUCAGCCAUGAUUGCCUGUUUCUCAACAAAUGUCAUUCUCAGUGCCUUUGAGGGACACCCAACACAGCUGUCCAACCCCGGUCUGGUUCGCUUUGACACGUUUCCCAAUCUGACUUUCGACCUCAUUGAAGUUCCAGUAUUUAUAUUCAUGGCUGCAAUUGGAGGUCUGAUUGGAGCUCUCUUUGUUGUGAUGAACUAUAAACUAACAGUGUUCAGACAAAAAUACCUGCAUAGAAAGAAGUGGAUCAAAGUUGUUGAGGCCGUUCUGGUGGCUGUGGUCAGUGCUAUAGUUGCCUUCAGUCUCAUGCUGUCUGUCCGAGAUUGUACAAAUGCUAAGCCUUACACGCAUCAUGCUAUUACCACGAAGAUGGGGUGUGAAGGCGAUUCUCACAACGCAAUGUCUGCUCUGUUUCUGACCACACCUGAGGGAUGUCUGAAAGCUUUGUUGCAUGAUCCUAUAGAAAGUUACAGCGUCAUGUCCUUAGUGUUGUUCAUAGUCAUAUUUUUCCUCCUGGGCGUGUGGACGUACGGUCUCAGUGUCUCCAGUGGCGUCUUCAUUCCUUCACUGGCGAUUGGAGCAGCCUGGGGGAGACUGGUUGGUCUGGGUAUAGUUCAGCUGUUCCCUGACCAGGCCAAGGAUGUUGGCAAGUAUGCUUUGAUUGGAGCGGCAUCUCAACUGGGCGGGAUCUUGAGGACGACCAUCUCCUUGACAGUGAUCAUUGUGGAGUGUACAGGCGACAUCACUUUCGGCCUCUGCAUCAUGAUCUCACUGAUGAUUUCCAAGUGGGUUGGAGACUUUUUCACAACAGGUUUGUACGACAUGAACAUUGAGGUCAGUGGGAUACCGCUGUUGUCGUGGGAACCGCCACCACUUUGCGAAAACAUACGUGUCAAUGACUUCAUGAGCCAGCCUGUUAUGACUCUUUUAGCUGUGGAAAAAGUCGGUCAUAUUUAUGACUGCCUCACUGGAGAGACAUUCCAUGGAUUUCCGGUUAUAGAACAAGAUCUAAGCUGUGAUGUCAUGUACAAGGGCAAGUUAAAGGGGAUCAUACUCCGGCAUCAGAUUCUUGUGCUUCUGGAGAAGCGGGUAUUCUGUCCUGAAGGUCAGAUGCCCGCAAACAGCGUCUGUCUUGCUGACUUCGAAAAUUCCCAAUCGACGUCUCUGAGCCUGAGAAUUCAGGACAUAACACUAAGUGACGCAGAGAAGGAAUGUGUGAUGAAUCUCACCCCAUACAUGAACCAAACACCCUACACAGUAUCAGAAAAUUUUUCAAUGCCUCGAGUUUUCCGCUUGUUUAGAGGUCUUGGACUGCGGCAUUUGGUUGUUGUGAAUGAAGACUUUGAGCCAAUUGGCAUGGUCACAAGAAAGGAUCUGGCAAAAUAUCGUGCAGAAAUCAAGAAAGGGCUGCUGCAUAUGGAACAGCUAACGGUAGAAGACAGAUAA